AUGUCCAAGAGAUGGAUUCAACACAAAGCUGUAGAAAUUGGUGUGGUAUCCAACGGUGGAUAUGGAACCUCAAAAACAAUUGUCGUUUCUCUGGACAAUCAAAGCCAACGUCUUUUGUUUAACUGUGGUGAAGGAACAAUCAGGACUUUUAAUGCAUACAGGAGCUCUGUACCCUAUCUAAGGAAAACUUAUCGUAUCAAUGACAUCUUCAUCACUCAACUGUCAGUACGCAAUGUUAGUGGUAUUCAAGAAUUUACAAGAUCUACUAAAAGAUAUUCAGCAUUGCGACUGUAUGGAAUAGGGGAUUUGAGAAAUCUGAGUGUGUUGGGAUUUAAGAAUAGAAAUGACUCCAUAUUAGAUUCUAUCGAUGUGACUGAGGAAGGACAGUACUAUGAGAGCAGAUAUAUACAGAUAAAAUGUGUACCACUGAUCCCAGUGUUGUCAGAUACUCCCACCAGCCAGCACCUUAUACCAGGUGAUCGACUUCCUGUUGACAUCACGUCUGACCAAAACAGACAAUUAUCAGCUAUUGUAUACAUAUUGAAGCCAAAGCUACAGGACGCUCCAGCAGUAAUAAUUCUAGAUUGCCCAGAUAAAAGAUACCUUGAAAGUCUGUUGAAGUCAAAAGACUUAAAGAAACAUCAGAAAGAAAACAGAACUGUUGUAUUCCACCUGUCUCCUUUGAGUGUUGUACAAGACACAGGAUACCAAACAUUUAUCAACAGGUUUCCAGAGUCAACUAAACACCUACAUGUUGAUGAGACCAGGGCAGCAAAAGCACUUGAUUUUAUAAGAAAUCAUUGUAUCAGUCUAAAUAAAAUAGACAGUUCAAUUUUCCCUUUACCAACUCAUGAUGAGUUUGACGAAUCAGAUGUAGAGAUCAGUAGAAAAUCAACAGAGCUGAACUCCAGAUUGACAACUGUGAACAAUGGUCAUGUGGAGAUUUACUGUAAAAAGGAUCAACGAUAUUUAAGCGAAAGUAAUUACACUAAUAAAGCUGAUAGUUUAGAGGAGUUCAUCAGAAAGAAGAAUGUAUAUUUGACUGAAAUCAAGAAAAGGCUACAAAGACGAGCAAGAAAGGAAGCUGAGUACCCAGACAUUUUGUUUCUGGGGACAGCUGGGAGAGAUCAUGUCCGAAGAAAUAACUCUGGAGUAUACAUACAGUUGUGUCCAGAAACAGCCAUUCUGUUAGACUGUGGAUCAGGCAUCUACACACAAUUGUGUCUCCACUUUGGUAGCCGGACCAAUGAAAUGCUGAGGAAAAUCAAGUGUAUUUUCAUUUCCCAUCUACAUCUUGACCAUUAUUCUGUAAGAAUAACGUUCAUUCAUCCUAAAGUCACCACCACUUGUAUAACACUGUCAUGA